AUGGAAUUUCCACAGCUCGAGAAAAAUAACGUCUUGUUGGAUUGUGUAUAUCGUCUCCUCAAAAAGGACGCAAAUAAUGUAAGAGAUGAUCAGAAGGUCGUUCAGCUCAGUGCUGACUUGAUUAAUAUCGUUGGCUUUGCCACCGUGCAAUCACCUCAAAUCAAACGCGACAUUACGACACUUUUAAACAUUUUUGACGUCGAUAUCCAAACAACCUUCUUUAAAAACAACGUAAACGAGUUGUCUCUUACGAGUGUUGAUUGUCCAACAAUCGCAAUACUGUCUUCUUGUCACCAGAAGUGUUUAGAAUUUCUGCUUUAUUUUAUUGAGCUCCAAGAAAAUAGCAAGAGAUAUGUCUACAACUUCGCGCUGCGUUUUGUACCUUUUCUCGUCACUGUUUUGUAUUCUUACACCCUCGCAGAAAAGGAAACAGCCCGGAGUGAGAUAUCAGUACUCUUUAAUGAUUAUCUCUUUGAGGGUGUAUCUUACAAUUUGUGCAACUUCUUGCGGUCGACUGAAGAGGCUCUAUUGCUCCGUGAGUCAGUUUGA